CCGUCUGUAGGUUUGGCCAAAAUGGCAGCCUUGGAGGAGGGAUUCACGUUGUCUGCAGUACCCUUGGGUGCCGGGCCUAACGGACUCCUCGGUGUGGAGCAGAGCGACAAAACAGACCAGUUUCUAGUGACGGACGGCGGCAGGACCGUCAUCCUCUAUAAGGUUUCUGAUCAGAAACCCUUGGGGAGCUGGUCAGUGAAACAAGGUCAAAUUAUAACGUGUCCAGCUGUGUGCAACUUUCAAACUGGAGAGUUUAUUGUCGUUCAUGAUAAUAAGGUUUUGAGAAUAUGGAAUAAUGAAGAUGUAAACCUGGAUAAAGUAUUUAAAGCUACAUUGUCAGCUGAGAUCUAUAGGAUACAUUCAAUACAAGGGACAGAACCCUUAGUGCUGUUCAAGGAAGGUGCCGUUCGUGGUUUAGAGGCCUUGCUUGCAGAGCCCCAGCAGAAAAUUGAAACUGUUAUCUCUGAUGAUGAAGUGAUUAAGUGGACAAAGGUUUUCAUGGUAUUUAGGCAUCCUGUUUUAAUCUUUAUUACUGAAAAACAUGGAAAUUACUUUGCUUACGUGCAGACGUUUAGCUCGCGUACCUUAAGCAAGUACGCACUCUUACUUGGACAAGAAGAAAAGUCUGUUAUACAGAAUUUUACUGCAUCUGUGGAUCGGAAAUUCAUCUCUUUGAUGUCAUUAAGCGCUGAUGGAUGUAUAUAUGAAGCCUUGAUACCAAUACAUACAAGUGGCCCAGAAAAAAAUCAAACGGUAGUUAGAUCACUGGUGCUCAGGACUGUGGUAUCCGGGAACGCUCGAAGUGGUGUUGCACUCGCCGUCCUGGAUCAUGAUCACAUAGCCGUCCUGGGACCGCCACUGCCUUCUUCCAAGGAAUGCCUGUCCAUAUGGAACACAAAAUUUCAAACACUACAGACUUCCAAAGAGUUACCACAGGGGACCAGCGGUCAACUCUGGUAUUAUGGGGAAAAUUUAUUUAUCCUACAUGGAAAAUUUCUUACUGUGAUUCCAUACAAGUGUGAAGUGUCUUCAUUAGCGGGUGCUCUUGGAAAACUCAAGCACAGUCAAGAUCCAGGCACUCACACUGCACCUCAUUUUGUAAACUGGGAGACAUCCCGGGGAUAUGGAUUUGGAUCCCAGAACCUCGAGCAGUCGAAGAGAAUUUUAAGGAGGAGAAAAAUUGAAGUGAGUGUACAGCCUCCAGCUUCCAAGCAACUUCUAUCAAUGAUAAAGAAAGAUUCAGAAAAACACAUCGAAGUAGAACUAUGUAAGUUUUUGGCUAUUAAGCGGACACCUGACUUUCAUACUGUUAUUGGGGACAUAGUGUUCGAACUUCUGGAACGACAUAAAGCAGAGCCGCCAUUUUAUCCCCGGAACUCUCUGGUGCAGCUUAUCCAGACACACGUGCUCUCUUACAGCUUGUGCCCCGGCCUGAUGGAGGUUGCCUUGGAAAAGACAGAUGUGCAGAUGUUACAGCUGUGCCUACAGCAGUUCCCGGACAUUCCCGAAUCGAUCACCUGCGCUUGCUUAAAAGUUUUCUUAAGCAUUAGUGAUGACAGUCUUCGGGAAACAGAAAUCAAUAUGGAAUCAGUUUCUGACUACAGUGAUUCUGUACAAGAGGAAAAAAUGGACGAGCAAACGGGAAUUCUUCAAAACGGUUUCAAUCUUGACGAACGAAACUGUGAUAACUGUGAUCGGAAGUUAAACCAAAAGCCUCAGGCCGCAGCUGAGGAGACGGCCUCGUGCCCUGUGACCCCGAAGAGAGCAGCGCUGCUAAAUGCAAUUCUUCAUUCAGCUUAUAGUGAAAUGUUUCUUCUGCCGCACUUGAAGGACAUCCCUGCACAACAUGUUACUCUAUUUCUCCAGUAUCUGUAUUUCCUUUAUCUGAAGUGUAAUGAAAAUGCUACUAUGACUCUUCCUGGACUGCACCCUCCAACCUUGAACCAGAUUAUGGAUUGGAUAUGCCUCCUUCUGGAUGCUAACUUUACCGUUGUGGUAAUGAUACCAGAAGCAAAAAGGCUACUGUUAAGUCUUUACAAGUUUGUGAAAUCCCAGAUAUGCAUUUGUUCCGAGCUCAACAAGAUUGAAGUAAGUUUCCGUGAGCUGCAGAAACUAAAUCAAGAAAAGAAUAAUAGAGAAUUAUAUUCAAUUGAAGUGCUGGAACUCUUCUGAUAUUACCGAGUCUCCUUCAUGGAUGUUUUAUGAAGCUCUUUUAUGUGACUUCUUAACUACUCUUCCAGGCAAGAGAUGCGUUUUGUUUGUACUGUCUUCGUGAGCAGAGAAAUGAGUCGGCUGCACCGUCCCUCUUUCCUUCUUCUAGGUUGGACUCUGGGUUUCACGUGAACCUCUUUUAGUUCAUGGACAUUGGUGGGGAGAGGUUCUGAAACUUUUUUUAAAUAUGUAACUGAGCUGAUUUUAAGUAAACUUAUUUGUGUAUUGAUAAAAAUCUAAUUUCUUACCAUGUGUUCUGGUUAGUCCUUUUAGUAAAAAAAAAAAUCACCGCUGAGACAGUGAUUCUAAGAAGAAUGUAGUUUCAUCAGAGUCAGAAGCUGUCGUAGCACCUCCGUGCUUGUGGGGGACCAAAGAGGUCAGUCCUAUAAGCAGAGUGGACAAAGGUCUUUGUGCAGGCACAUGCCUGUCUGUCUGCUGCUGUUUUCACCUGUCCUUUAUCUGCUUCCGCUUACUUUCUUUAUAUGCCCGGGGCCAGGGUUGAACAGCACCUCUUUCUAUUUACUGUGUCUCAGAUCAACUUCAUGAGGCGUUGGUAAUUUAGGUUUUUGUAUUAUUAAAUAGUAAAAAAAAAGUCUGUUCUGAAAAUAGCUUUAUAGGCUAGUUGACCAUAGACUUUGCCAUUUUAACUCUUUGGAUUUAGUACAAAUGAGAGGUUUUAUGUAGAUGAAGUGGAUACUUUUGUUUCUUGAAAAUAAACUCAAGAUUUACCUUUGU